CUGGGUGCUGAUCUUUCCAUUUCCGCUUGGCGAUAUCUAGCAUGGGCUUGCUUUGGUCCAGUAGUGUCACUAUCCCUUCCUCUGUCCUUAUCAUUGGAAGUGGGGUCUUCGGGCUAUCUACCGCAUAUUCCCUCUGCAAAAAUCCACUCUUCGAUAAUACUUCCAUUACGCUCGUCGACCGACAGCCAUUUCCAUCUCCGGAUGGCUCAAGUAUCGACACAUCCCGCAUCGUCCGCCCAGACUACGCCUCCCCUCCAUACACACGCCUCGCCUCUGCAGCCCAAUCCCUCUGGCGCACAACCUUCGCGCCCCAACAUUACCACGAAAACGGGCUCUGCAUAACCGCUUCUGGCUCCGAGGAAAAGUACGUUUCGUCCUCUCUUGCCAAUGUCCAAGCUCUUGGAACGGGCAAAAUCGAAGUUCUCAAGAACUCGGAUGACGUCAAAAGAGUUACCGGAACAGAAAACGCCAGCGGAAGCGCAGGCUACAUUAACUGGAGUUCGGGAUGGGUGGAUGCUGAAGGCGCUAUGCGAUGGCUACACUCCAAAAUUUCACAGCUAAACCGCGUUAAUUUCCUUACUGGCACAGUAACAAAGCUGUUAAUCAACCACACCACCCACGCCGUAUCCGGCGCGCAUCUCCAAGACGGCAGAACCCUCACCGCAUCCUUAACCAUCCUCUCUGCCGGCGCCUGGACUCCCUCCCUUCUCGACCUGCGCGGUAUUGCAAACGCAACCGGCCAAGUCCUCGUAUACCUCCCAAUCACCCCCUCCGAAGAAUCCCGUCUCGCAACCCUCCCCACACUACUCAACCUCUCUACCGGACUAUUCCUCAUCCCACCUUCCCAAGGCCUGCUUAAAAUCGCCCGACAUGGCCAUGGCUACGCAAACCCAACCACAAUUCCACACCCGGAAUCCGCAAACCCCAGCGACACAAUAACCGUCUCUCUACCCCCUCACUCCGCCUCGCACUCCCAAUCCGUCCCCCAAGAAGGCGAAUCUGCAUGUCGAGCGUUUCUAUCCCACGUCUAUCCCUCUCUCUCGUACACCUCCUCCUCCUCCUCUCGCCCAUUUACGAAAACUCGUGUAUGCUGGUAUACCGACACGCAGACUGGAGAUUUCCUGAUCUCAUAUCACCCAAAAUAUACGGGGUUGUUCGUUGCAACAGGCGGGUCUGGUCAUGCAUUUAAGUUCCUGCCUGUGAUUGGGGAUAAGAUUGUGGAGUGUGUGUUGGGCAAUACGCCGGAGGAUUUCCGCGGGAAGUGGGAGUGGCCUGUGAAGAGAGUGUCGGAGGAAUUAUGGGAAGGGGAUGGGAGUAGGGGUGGUCCCAUUGGAAUGGUGUUGGGAGAGGAGAUGGCGAAGAUAGAGAGUAAGCUGUAAGGAGGGUGAAGGCUCAGGAGGAAAGAUGUUAGGCCUUGUGUGGAUGGGCGCAAGGCGAUGGGCGCAAGGCAAUGGGCGCAAGGCAAUGGGCGCAUGGCAAUAGGCGCAAGGAAAUGGGCAUCGCGGGGAGGAGGGGCAUUAGGAUGGUGGCGUCAGAAGCGGCGACAUACAUGGCAAGUGGAACACAUCAGUGGUUGGCAUCAUCCAACAAGAUAG